AUGUCAGAACGAUUUGAAUAUGACCCUUUGCCAGAGCCAACGUGCAUCCGCUUGGUAUCCUUUGUCCCUCAGGAUGAUGGCACCUCUCCUCCUCCCAUGAACCAAGGUGAGCCGCUGCUCCGGCUAUCGCUGUGCACGGCGGAUCUGCGGGAUACCCCGCACUAUGAGGCACUCUCAUAUACCUGGGGAUCGCCAUUCCCUCCAGAGGACUCAAGAUCAAGAGCGUACGAGAAUGAGAAGAAUCACCAGCGAGUAGUAAUCAACGGUCGUGAACAUGAGAUUGGACGUAACCUCUGGGAGUUCUUGCAUCAACAGCAGCAGAUCAACGCGUAUCUCAGAAAAGUGGCCGCAGAAAUGCUUGCGUCCGGGUUGGAUAUCCAUGGACGGACUCCUUUAAUGCGCGCCGUCAUAGAUAAUAUCGUCGAUCUGACAGAGACUCUGCUUGCUCUGGGCGCUGAGACAGGGGCACAAGAUAAUCAGGGAAAGACGGCACUCCAUUACGCACUUUUAAGGGACAGGCCGAAUUUGGAACUCGCAGAGCUACUGGUCUAUUAUGGUGCGGAUAUCCAUGCGCAGACAAAAGAAGGGAAAACACCUUUGGAUAAUGCUGAAGAUGAGGUGGUUACGCUGAUCACGUCCUUCAACAAAGACCUUGGUGGAAAAGCCCUACCAAGAGGCUUGCGACUCUCAGCACAGCGGCCUAUGUGGGUUGAUUCUAUUUCAAUCAAUCAGAAAGAUAUAACUGAGCGCAAUAAACAGGUUACUAUGAUGUCAAAUAUAUAUAGCACAGCCAUGUCUGUCGUUGUGUGGCUCGGUGUGGAGGACGACAGGCGCAUCCCUCUUGCGCUGGACUCCCUUGACAACCCCAGACCCUGGAUAUUUUUAACCUCGCUCAGAGAUUCGGGGUUUGCAGGGUCGAGACUAGAAAACGCCAUGAAAGUAGGCCACAGUUCUGAGCAGAUACUAGAUGCACAAGGUAUUGAGGAGCUUAUGGCGAGGUCAUGGUGGUCUCGAACCUGGGUUAUCCAGGAGGUGGCGCUGGCGAAGCGUAUUCUGAUCAUUUGUGGCUCAGUUACAAUUUACCCAAUGCGAACCACUUUUAUAUUAUGCGCGCUAUGCGGUAUUCCUUCUCCAUGGAAAGAAAGGCAAGACGUUCUAGACACUACAGCUCUCUUUGAGAGCGCACGUUUUUCAGGGUUACCCGGCAUCGAAGCGCUUAUGCUUGCGGAUAUCAGUUUCAGAGCCGCUCCACACACAGGAGAGCGGGAGUACUACGUGAAGAAAAUUUUGAAAGCAAUGGGAGCGGUGCCGAAUAUUUCCUGGGGGCGAAGGCUAAGCCUCCAAAACCUAGGAAGGUUAAGCUGGUGGUCCCAGUCCAGCGAUCCGAGAGACAAAGUCUUCGCACUAUUAGGGAUUGCCUGCCCGGAUCCACAGCACCAGCAGAUUAUUGUAGACUACAACAUACCUACAGAUGAGGUGUUUGUUCAGUAUGGUCGCUUAUUCAUGCAGGGCUCAUCCGAGCCGAUCCAGAAUCUACACACUGGCGAAAGCUAUGUUUUUGAGCCACUGGAGGGGCUCUCCUAUGUCCAGGACACGUCAAAACCUCAUCCUGAGUUUCAAGACUACAAAGCCAAGCUUCCAUCUUGGACCCCGAACUUCAGCGCGCAUCACACAACCUGCCGCAUCUGGUCCCGGGAGUUUGCGGCAGCCUCAGCCAUAGCUAACAGCCCAACAAUUCUUUCCCACCCGGAUCCCAAAAUCCUGUACGUGAGUGGGAGUAUAGUGGACUGUAUUGUAGCAAUAGAGCCGACGCAAAGCAAGGGUGAUGUACACGAGCCUGAGAUAAUGGCCUGGCUCGAACUCAUACAGCCCUUGCAACCAAAAUACUUGGGAGGAGGUAGCCCUGUCGACGCCCUGCGGAAAACAUUAACCGUUGGCAAAGGAUACCAGAAUAAAAAGCGCGCGCGUAGUGCUUUCCGAGACUUUAUAGCAUGGAGACUAUGUCAGAGCCCAAUGGAACCUCCAUUGGAAUCGAUACUCACGAGACUGCGCAAGACUGGCGCACGGGACACUCUCCCCUCGGUUAUGGAGCUCCGUAAACAAAAACAGGAGCCUCGGAACCAAAAGCAGGAGUAUUGGAGAUCCGUGUUGAAAAUAACAGAGAGAAUUGAGAGACAAGUACAGGAGUUUCAGGAUAAAAAGCAGGGGCCCGAGGAAAUAGAGCAGGGGCUUCUGAAACUAAAGCAGGAGCUCCUGGAUCAAGGAUAUAAUAUCCGGAUAAAAAGGCAGGGGCAAGCAGAAACAGGAUGGGUGGACCUGGAAACAAUGCAGGAGGACCUGCAAGUCGGGUAUCCCGAGUACAGUCAGGUAGAGUUUUACAUUCUUUUUAAGCGGUAUUACAGGUCCAGGUGCCUGUUCCGGACCAGAAAGGGCUAUAUCGGUCUCGGACCUGGACCUUUCAACGGCAAUGGAAGGAAGACUGUAGUUUCUCAGGCAUCAGAACGGUCGAAGAACGGUAGCACAAACCUCCAAUAA